AUGCUCAGGAAAUACACAAUUUCCAGAGCUUCCAUUGUGCACAGUAAUGGAGGCUCCCGGGCAGGGCAGAGGGUGGCUGGGCACUUGUUGGGCUCUGGGGUAGUCGAACAGCAGGCUUGCAAACACAUCAUGGGUCAACGAGCUGGGGCCUGGGAAGAGAUAGCUCACACUGACAACUGUGGGGUCAGGAAACCUAACCCUCCAUUUCACAGGUAUCAUCAGUCAGGAGACUUCAUCAUUGGUGGCAUUACUACUUAUGGCCUCCUUGUCUCCAGCCCAACAGCCUUCACUGAAGAACCCCCUCCAGAAAUGCUGGAUAGACUUGUGGUAUUUCCUAAGCAUUACCAGCACAUCUUGGCCUUGGCAUUUGCAGUAAAAGAAAUCAAUGAAAAUCCUCAGAUCUUACCCAAUGUCACCUUGGGCUUCCAUAUCUAUGAUAGCUAUGACAAUGCAAGGAGGACCUAUCAUGCCUCAAUGCUACUGUUGACUGCACUGGAAAAUGUUGUACCUAACUAUGUAUGUGAUAUCCAGAAUACACUAACAGCAGUUAUUGGGGGACUGGAUGCUGAAAUCUCCCUAUAUGUGGCAAAUAUCUUGGAUACCUAUAAGACUCCACAGUUGGCCCCACAGGAAGCUCUUCAGUAUCAGGGGAUUCUGUCUUUGCUUCUCCAGUUCCGGUGGAAAUGGAUUGGGAUUGGUGUUAUGGAUAACGAUAAUGGAGAAAGAUUUCUACAAGUAGUCAUUCCACUGUUUUCUAAGAGGGGUGUCUGUUUUGCCUUCAUAGAAAGAAUCCCAAAAUUAGGCUUCGACACUAAAAUGAGUGACAAAUUUCUACAGGGGGCAAAAAUACGUGAUAAAGUGAAGGACAGCAAAGCCAAUGUAGUGGUAGUCCAUGGAGAAUCUUAUUCCAUGUUCAUUUUUCUCUUCUUUCCAUAUCUAUCAGAACAAGAGGUCAUGACAAAGGAAGUAAUAGGGAAAGUAUGGAUAGUAACAGCCCAGAUGGAGUUCACUUCUGUUUUCCUACAAAGGAAUUGGGACACUGAAAUGUUCAAUGGAGCGAUAUCCCUCAGGAUCCACUCCAGCAACCUACCAGGAUUUCAGCAGUUUCUUAAGAGCAGAAACCUUUCUAGCUCUAAAAAAGAUGGUUUUAUUAGAGAUUUCUGGCAACAGGCCUUUGGCUGUGUAUUCCCAAAUAGUAUUGUGGGCAGGGCAGAUGUGGACAUUUGCACAGGGGAGGAGAAGCUGGAGAGCCUUCCUGGAUCUUUGUUUGAAAUGAGCACAAUUGGACACAGCUAUAGCAUCUACAAUGCUGUCUAUGUGGUGGCCCAUGCCCUACAUCAUGCCAUGUCCACUUCUAGAGCUGAACAUGGUGCAAUGAUGGAUGGAGUAGAACCCACAUUUCAGAAUCUACAAUUUGGGCAGCUCCAACCAUUUCUAAAAUGGGUCUCAUUUAACAACAGUGUGGGAGACAAAGUUUCCUUCAACCAGAAUGGGGAACUAGUCUCUGGAUUGGAUGUGAUCAACUGGAUGAUUUUUUCCAACCAAUCAUUUCAUAGGGUGAAAGUAGGUAGAGUGGAUCCCGAGGCUCCUAUAGGUCAAGUGUUCACCAUUGAUGAAGAUGCCAUAACAUGGAAUGGCUGGUUUAAUAAGUCUCGGCCUCUUUCUCAGUGUACUGCGAGUUGCCAACCGGGUUCUCACAAGAAAAUGAAGGAGGGGGAGCCAUUUUGCUGCUACGAUUGCAUCCCAUGUCCAGAAGGGAAGAUUUCAAACCAGGAGGAUACAAAUGACUGUGUGGAAUGCUCACCCAAAGACUAUCCAAGCAAAAAGCAAGAUUUCUGUAUUCCAAAGAGAAUAACUUUCUUGUCUUCUGAAGAACCUUUGGGGCUCAGUUUAGCCUCAUUUGCUCUUUCCUUUUCUUUUAUAACAGCUCUGGUGCUGGGGACAUUUAUAAAGCACCACAAUACUCCCAUAGUCAUAGCCAAUAACCGGAACCUCACCUACACUCUCCUCAUCUCCCUCCUGCUCUGUUUCCUUUGUGCAUUGCUAUUCAUUGGUCGUCCUCAGAAGGUGACAUGUCUCCUUCGACAAACAGCCUUUGGCCUCAUCUUCUCAGUGGCUGUUUCAUGUGUGCUGGCAAAAACCAUCAUGGUAGUUCUGGCUUUCAUGUCCACUAGGCCUGGAUCCAGGAUAAGGAAAUGGUUGGGGAAGGAGCUGGCCAGCUCCAUUGUGCUUUCCUGCUCUCUCAACCAAGUAGGCAUCUGUACUGGGUGGCUGGCAACCUCUGCCCCAUUCCCAGAUGAGGACAUGCAUUCAGGAACUGAGGAAAUUAUACUGGGAUGUAACGACGGGUCAGUGAAUCUAUUUUACUGUGUCCUGGGCUACAUGGGCUUCCUGGCAAUGUUGAGCUUGACAGUAGCUUUCCUUGCCAGGAAGUUGCCUGACAGUUUCAACGAAGCCAAGUUUAUCACUUUUAGCAUGUUGGUCUUUUGCAGUGUGUGGUUAUCCUUUGUUCCCACCUAUCUGAGCACCAAGGGAAAAUACAUGGUAGCUGUGGAGAUCUUUUCUAUCAUAGCCUCAAGUGCUGGGUUGCAGGGUUGUAUCUUUUUGCCUAAAUGUUACAUUAUUAUGCUUAGGCCUGAGCUGAACAUCAGGGAACAGCUAAUCAGAAAGAAAUCCUGA